AAAGGCUGGGGAGUGCUGGCGGCGCAGCGGAUCGAGCGCGGCGAGCACGUGGGCGAGUACACGGGUGAACUCGUGUCGACCCGCGAGAUGCAGCGGCGCUAUCGUCAGCGCUACGAUCCCAAGGCGAUCAACUACGUGCUGUCACUGCGGGAGCACGUGGCCCGCCAAGAGGAAGACGGCGGCGGCUCUGCGCUGGGCUUCGACGUCGUGCGCACCAACGUGGACGCGUCUAGCAGCGGCAGCGCGACGCGCUUCUUCAACCACAGCUGCGCGCCCAACCUCGAGGUGGCGGCGGUGCGCGUGGACUCGUUCAUCCCGCGCUUGGCCUUGUUCGCCAGACAACGGAUCAACGCUGGCGAGGAGCUGACGUUCGACUACGGAGGAGGCUCUAAGCUAGCAGAAGGGCAUCCGUGUCGCUGCGGGGCCACAAAGUGUCGAGGCUUCCUU